AUGGAUUCAUAUUCAGUUAGUGAACAAACACGUCGUAUUUUAUCACCUUAUAAUCGACAUUGUUAUAAAUUAUUUAAUUUAAAUUUAAGAAAUCAUUUUAAAAAACUUAAAAUAACAUUAGAUGAAAUUAGGAAUAAUGUAAAUACGAAUUUGUAUUCAUUAAAAAAUUUAAAAGAAAUAAAAAUUUAUCGAAAAAAAAUUUUUAAAAUAAAUCAAAUUUUAACAAGAUUACGUAAUAAACGAUUAAUAUUUAAUAAUAAAAAUAAUUCAUUUUUUUUAUAUCUUCGUAAUUUUAUUUAUAUUCUUAUGAAAUAUAUAACACAAAUUGAAAUAUGUAAGUCAA